AUGGAAGUAGUAGCAGAGGCGGCGAGUGAUACUUUGAAAAGCGCUAGUAUUGGGUCUAGUGAAAGAAGGGAAGCUGUUUGUUUUUAUUUAAAUAAGAUUGAACAUAUAGGCGGGAAAGCUAUCAGAGAAGGGUUAAGGAAAGUUAUUUGA